UGAAAGAAAGGUGUUAUUUACCGAGGCCAGGGAGGUGAGUUCAACAAGAGCAACAGAGGCAGAUGAGUCAACUGAUUACAGUUUCAUGCGGUCUAUAAAAAAAAAAACAGAAAGUGAUUAGUGAGAUGUUUGCACACGUUUGGAGCGCAUUUGGUGAAGUAAUGGUUGGGUGAAAGAUUAGAGAAAUGAACAAGCGUCAAACAGCAUAUUUUCUGUAGUCCACAAACUACAAAUCCCAACCUCUCUCGCCUUAACAGACAGAAAAGCCACACCGCGCCGUAGGGAAAUAAGUGGAUGCGUUGGUGACAGUAGGGGAAGGGAAAGAGACGAGAGAGGUUUUUCAACAUAAAUGGAGGUUCAUCCGUAGCGGGAGAGAAGAGCAGCUGCAAAAAUAUAAGCAAAAUGGCGAAAGAGCAGGAGGUCGAACGCAUUGCUAAAACGCUGGACAAAAUGGUGCACAAGAAAAACACGGAUGGUGCCAUAUAUCUGCUGAGGGAACUGAAGAACAUGAAGAUGUCUCUGGAGACACUACAGUCCACCAGGAUCGGCAUGUCGGUGAACGCUGUGAGGAAGCAGAGUUCAGAGGAAGAGGUCCAGACUCUGGCCAAGUCACUCAUCAAAUCCUGGAAGAAACUACUGGACGGUGCUGAGGGGAAGGCUGUGGAGGAGAAGAAGAAGGAGGGCUCUCCUCUGAGGUCAUCAACGUCCAAGGACAGUCCUGGAUCCAGCGACAGGAGCAAGAAACUGCCUGAGCCCCCUACGACCCCCACCACCCCUACGACCCCCACCACUCCAAAGUUCACCUCCUUCCCCCCCGUGCCCGUCACCACUGACAGCGUACGCACCAAGUGCCGAGAGCUGCUGGUGGCUGCCCUGCAGACCGACGAUGAUCACAAGACCAUUGGAGCAGACACUGAGAACUUGGCCGCUCAGAUUGAGGACUGUAUCUACCAGGAGUUUAAGUCUACAGACCAGAAGUACAAGUCCAGGCUGAGGAGCCGUAUCUCCAACCUGAAGGACCAGAAGAACCCAGACCUCCGACGAAACGUCCUCGCUGGAAACAUCUCCGCUGACCGCAUCGCUAACAUGGCUGCUGAGGAGAUGGCGAGUGCAGAGCUGAAGGAGAUGAGGAAGGCUUUGACCAAGGACGCCAUCAGAGAGCACCAGCUGUCCAAAGUGGGCGGGACAGAGACGGACAUGUUUCAAUGUGGCAAAUGCAGGGGCAAGAACUGCACCUAUACACAGGUGCAAACGCGCAGUGCUGAUGAGCCCAUGACCACCUUUGUACUGUGCAACGGCUGUGGCAACCGCUGGAAGUUCUGUUGAGAUGAUAUUCUGGAUUUGCUACAAGAAGAGCUGACAUGGAUAACGAAGUCAACCGGGACCUAUUUUGUUACGACUGCAGACUGUUUUUCCUUUGUUGUUUUUGAUACUUUUUCUUCUUUUUUUUUUUUUUUAAUCUUUUUUUAAACAUUAACUCAUAAAUCUGGAUAAAAUGUUUUGACAUUUGGUAGCAUUUAAUUUUCAUAUCCUUUUCUCUGUCUAUUAUAUGGAGCUAGUCUGGGUGCCUUUUGUGUUUCUGCUUGCCACAACCUCUUAUGGAAUGUCAUGCUUGGCUUGAUAACGAGUUGGCAAGAGCACAAACCGUUCUGGGACCAUGCUGAAGUUGAACACUUACUCUUAAAACAACGUUUUUGGUUUGCUGUUUAUUAGUUGAAGCUAUAUCUUACUUUAAAACUUUUUUUUUUCUUUCUUUGCAUUAGGGAACAUAGGUGUGCCUUAAUUUGCCCCUCUGUGCCACAAAAUAAUUAUUUUACUGUUAGUUUUAUACACUUGCUGUAUAGAGUAUAUACACUCUUAGGGUAAGUCCCAAAUGGCACCCUAUUCCCUAAGUAGUGCACUAAAAAGAGAAUAAGGUGCUAUUUGGGAUGCAUACUUGCUGUAUAUAAAACAAGCCUUUUUUUUUUUGAAAAUGUGCUUGGGAGUUAUUCUGAAUCUACAUGCAUGCAUACAUACAUACAUGCUACACAGGUUCUUAUAGUUCCAUUUAGGUUUUGAUUAUUCCGUAAACAAACGAGAGAAACCAGAGGAUUUGCUAGAAGAUGUAGAGAUUGGAGGAGCAGCGUGAAUAAGGGAUGAGGAGGACGGGUUGUUCUCUGCUGAACGUUACUAAAGGGUUAGCGGGGACUGGAGAAAUAGCCGACGUCACUAUCGAGUUCGCAACACAUCUCCGUUUGUUGAAACCAAUUUUUAUAAAAUGUAGGUUGGAUUUCAGACAUGCUGGAGUGAAGAGCCUCCUGACGAACUAUCGACUGGUUUGAAAAGUUUUAUCAUGCAAGUGAUUUAUUUUGUAUGUAAACGUUUGUCCUCCCAACGGGAACUUGUGUCAAUUUAAUUAAAAACUGAUCUAAGGAGUGUGGAAAGAG